AUGCGAACAGUGGCGCGGCUUGGGCUGGUAGGUGCGGCAUGCAUUGCACUGUUGCUGUACCUAGCACAUAGCACAUCGCCGCAUGCGCAUUCAAGCACGAUCAAGCGGCGCGUGCGCCGCAUCCGAGAUAUUCCGGCGUUUCUAGCCGCACGCAGCGAUGCGAGCGCAGCGCAGCUUGCCGCGCUGGCCAAAAUGCCGAUCAUGCGGGACGAAAUCGAGCUGGAUACGCCGAAUGUAACAGAUCGUCGCGUACUGCUCACUCUCGCACAUAUGGCAACGGAGGCCUACUACCGCACGCCCGACCCCAUUCCCGAUGCGCCGCAGUGGCACUGGUCGAGUGCGUUUGGCUGGGACAAGGAGGGGCUGCGCGGCCAUGUCUUUGCGACCCAGAACAACGAGACAGUUGUAGUCGCGCUUAAGGGUACAAGCGCAUCCUUCCUGCCCGGUGGCGCUACGGGUGGCAGCGACAAGGAGAACGAUAACUUGCUUUUUUCUUGCUGCUGCGCAAGAGUCACCGACGCAUGGAGCCCCGUAUGCGACUGCUUUGACGCCUUACACAAGUGCGACACACAGUGUGUUGGCCGCGCACUGAUCGAUCGGUCGCUCUACUACCCCGCCGCAACUGAACUGUACAACAAUAUGUCGUACAUGUACCCACACAGCCAGCUUUGGAUCACCGGCCACAGCCUGGGCGGCGUGAUUGGAGGUUUUAUGGGAAUCACAUUCGGCGUUCCUGCCGUCACAUUCGAGACACCGGGCGAUCGCAUUGCUGCAGAACGGCUGCAUCUCCCCCUCCCGCCGCCCAGCUACAGCGAUGCGGAGGCGUAUGCUUUGGCGCCCGUUACGCAUGUGUACCAUACAGCCGAUGCGCUCGCCACAGGCCAGUGUGUCGGUGCCAACAGCUUGUGCAGCCGGACGGGGUUUGCGAUCGAGACCAAGUGCCACACGGGCCAAAGUAUUGUGUAUGAUACUGUCGGCAAGCUGAGCUGGGGCGUCGGCGUGCUCUCGCACCGGAUUGUGUACGUAAUGGAGGAGCUGCUCUCUGUAGACUGGGACGUGCUCGUGCGGCGGCAUGGGGGAAAGGAGCAAUUGCCGCCGGUGCCUGAUCCUGCGCGCGAAAGCGCGUGCCAAGACUGCAGCAGCUGGUCCUUUACAUAG